UGCCGUCAGUCGCCGCAGGUCGAUGGUGUUGUCCAGUGCUGACGGUCUGUCUGUGGCCGCGCUUGCGAUGCGUCGUCGGUGUGUUUCUGCACAUGGCCGUGCCGCUCGGCGGAUCUACGCGUUGCUUUGCGAUUCUUGGCAACCCGCCACUGGUAAACGUGUGUUUUUACAACAUAUUCUGCUCGCCGUGAACGAGAGACGCGUAUUUCUCUUACAGAAAAUACGUGGAAGAUCAAUUUUUGCGGUGUAGAGGAUUGUGUCUACUAUUUUUAAAGGAAUUGUAUUAUACUUCAUGUCCACCAUGACUACAUCUUCAGAAGAUGUCUUGAUGCAAGUAAGUCAAGUGCGUUAUAAAAAAGGAGAUGGUACUUUGUACGUGAUGAAUGAGCGAAUAGCGUGGAUGCUUGAUAACAGGGAUACUGUAUCUGUGAGCCAUAAAUACGCUGAUAUUAAAUUGCAAAAAAUAUCACCCGAGGGAAAAUCAAAAAUACAACUACAGGUAGUAUUACACGAUGGUACCUCAUCUACAUUUCAUUUUGUAAAUAAAAAUGGACAAGAAGCACAAAUUAAAGAUCGUGACGAUGUAAAAGAGUUAUUGCAACAGCUGCUACCAAAAUUUAAGCGGAAAGUUGAUAAGGAAUUGGAAGAAAAGAAUAAGACCCUUCAAGAACAUCCUAUGUUGCUUCAAUUAUAUCGCGAUCUGGUAAUCACGCAAGUUAUAUCAUCUGAAGAAUUUUGGUCGCAAUAUGCUGCAGAAUACACACAAGCCAAGAAGAUUCAACGUCAAGAAAUAGGUGUUAAUAGUGCUUUCUUGGCGGAUAUUAAGCCACAAACCGAUGGUUGCAACGGAUUAAAAUACAAUUUAACUGUCGAUGUGAUAGAAUGUGUAUUUAAGACUUACCCAGCUGUGAAAAAGAAGCAUCAAGAAAAUGUGCCUCAUAAGAUGUCAGAGUCUGAUUUCUGGACGAAAUUCUUUCAAUCACAUUACUUUCAUAGAGACCGUAUCAAUGCUGGGACCAAGGAUCUUUUUACCGAAUGUGCCAAAAUAGAUGAUCAAGAACUUAAAAAGGACCUUCAAACUGGGAUAAAUGAUCCGUUGGUAGAUAUCACUUCCUUCGAGGAUCAAUCACUGGAUGAAAAUUAUGGGAGUGGAUGUAGUAAAUCAGACAAAAUGUCGGGAAAUAUUGUACAUCAAAAUAUGAUUAAAAGAUUUAAUCAACAUAGCAUAAUGGUUAUGAAAGCUAGCACUGCCAAACAGUCGAUGCAAACUAAUCAACCGCAAUUGAAUGGAUCUACACCGUCUGCAAGUAAAAUAGUAAAUAAUGAACUAGAUGAUGGACCAAAGACUAAAAAACGUAGAAUACAGGAAAAGAUAACUUAUGAUGAUCUUGACAAGAGCUGUGACAGAAAUACAAAUAAUGAAACUCCAUUAAAUCUGAUGCAUAUAGAUAGAUAUUUACAUGGACCUGUAUCGGGAUAUGGAAAUACAGAACCAACUUCAGAAGAGUUGUUUGUUACAUUAAGUCAUUUAAAGAAAGAGGCUUCUGGAUGGAUAGCUGGAAGUACGUUACCACGACAAGUGACAACUUCUUUAGUUAGUCCAGCCGCAGCAGUGUCAGCUUUAGGUGAAUUAACGCCUGGUGGGUCUUUGAUGAAAGGCUUCCGAGAAGAAAGUCUUGGACAGUUAAUACCGAAGGAUUUAGAAAAGGAAUUAUGUAACGUAUAUGUGUGUGCAUGCGAGCUGUUGAGGCACUUUUGGCGAAGUUUUCCGCCAACAACACCACAACUUGAAGAAAAAGCAAUUAGAAUGCAUGAAGCUCUACAUAGAUUUCAUUCCGCUAAACUAAAACCCUUUGAAGAUCGUGUGCAAAGAGAAUUCUCCGCGAUCAGUCAACACUUGACGAGUCAUCUCAAUCAAUUGUUAACCACCGCCUACAGGAAGUUCGCGGUGUGGCAACAACGAAAACUGCAAAUGAGGUAGCCCUUCAUUAAAAUUUCGUAAAACAAUAAACAUAAAUAAGCAAUAUUGGUCAUAUAUUGCAUUUCUUAAUGUUACCGUAAUUAGAUAUUAAUGUCGAUGUACUUUACAAGAGAAAAAAACCAAAGCCACGCCGGUUCCAUGCGUCUCGGUGCUACCAUAUUGUUUAUUUAUUUUGCGUUUAAAUUUUAAUUUAAUAACUUCAAAUUUUUUUCAAACUCGUUCAAAUCCAAUCACAACCAAUGAUAUGUUAACUUGCAAUUAGUUUUGUUUAAAAAAAAGUGAUUUACUGCUUAUUUAUUUACAUCCAGUGGAUUAUACAUUUAAAUGCGUAUACGUUUAAAACGCACGGAUUCUAAAAAGAUCUUCCUACAUUCUGGAAAAUACAAUGUGUUUGCAAAUAUUUAUGCAAGAAUGUGAUGUAGUUGCAUAUAGUCAUAUAUCAUCUAUAAUGCAACUAUUUUAGUUCAAAUUACGAUUUGUGAGAGAGACGGGCGACUGCAAAUAUUGUACGAUAUCAAAGUAACUGUGAUACCGCCACUGCAUAGUCAAGUUUAUCAAUAUAUAUUAUAUUUUUGCUUUGAUAAUUUUUUCAUGAUUACAAUUCAUAUCGACUGCAUUAGUCUGUUGAUUCCAAAAUAACAAUUAUUUGUUACUAUUUAAGGAGGUUCUUUAGUCUUUUCAUAUAUAAUGCAAGAACUUGAUCAAAUUUGGGGAAUAAAUUUAUAAUUAAUAUGUAAAUAUUCCUGAAUUUUUUUAAAUUUAUUGAUCAUAUGAAUUUCUUUAAUAACUUUCUGAAAUAUCAUCUUACGGAAAGAAGAGUUUUUAGUAGUUUAAUUUCUCAGAAACAAAAUUAUAAGAACUUCGAAAAAUUAUAUUCAUAAGAAUAAAAUUUUUUAAGGAAAACAUUUUGGAAUUAGGAAAAAUUGAAAUUUUACUGUACCAUUUUCUUGUAAGUUACUACAUUUAAAUCAUUGUAAAAGAAUCUUUCCAUUUUUUUCACAUCAAUGUUUACUAAUGUUAUAAAAAAUAUUUUUAAAUAAUUGUUUUUAAAUAAUUUUGUUCAUUAUUAUUUUGGAGAUGAUAACGUCAAAAACUCCAUAUAUUGUAUCCAUCACGCGUUGUCGAUUUUGCACAUCACUCUUAUUCUCGCGCUCCUGUAGAUAAAGAUAUACGCAAGUAAAAUUUUAAAUUCACUAAAUACAACAGAAUAUGUCACUGUACGUUGACAACUAAUAAAAUGAAGAAAAUAGCAGUGCAUCAUCAGAUCAUUUUACAAUUAUUUCAUCGCGGCCUAAUCUUUAGAACCAGCUCAACACGGGAGCAACAAUAUGAAUUAAAAAAUUACAUAACUUCACUUUUUUCCAACUGAAAAACUUCAAUAUUAUAUACCCAAGGCUUUUAGCUUAUAAACACACAAUAUAUUAAAGAGCAAAAACGAUUAGCUGGAUGUACUUGCUAACAAACUGUUUAUUAUUGACAUUGUCAUUCACAUACUAGUAGAAAAAAACUUGUAGCGAACUGUAAGCGGAAAAUGAUGGGAAAUGUAACGCGAAGAAACUGAUAACUUUGGACGGUAAUAUAAAGACAUGCACAAUUCAGGCACUCUUCAACUUAUUGGUGCAUCAGAGCAUUUUAAUAAUAUUCAGGUAGACUGUGUUUGUUGUUUUUCAAAAUUUAAUGUAAGAGAAAAUAACACUGAGCAUGACUAAGUAAAAUGGUCGAAACAUUUGUUUUUAUUUAAAAGUUUAUACGAAUAACAAUGUCAAUAAUAAACACAGUUGGUUAAUAAGUAUAUUUGGAUAGGAGUUCAUGCUCCUUACAUACAUUGCAUGCAUGUGUGUGAAGAACUUCCUUAAAUAUUUUUCAAUCUUUAUUUUCGAAACCAAGAUUAAAACAUUUUUUGCACAAUUAUGAUCGAAUCAAUAUGCUUAAACUUUAAUUUCUAGAUAUAUCUCGGCAUCAUUACAGAUUUCCUACUAUAUUAUUGUACUGAGAACACAGUGACAUUGGUAUACUUUACGAUAUCUGCGAUAUACUCAACUAAGUGUCUUAAUUGUUGAAUCCUAUUUUUCUCUCGUGCUAACCGAGUAAGGUGAUUUGUGAAUUUUUUGUAAGCUGCCCCUCGGUCAUUACUAUAGCAAUAAAAUUUUGGCAGUUGUAAGAAUAUAAAAUACCUAUCUCGAUCGAGAACGUGCAUACUCGCGCAUUAUGCUAUUAUAAUUAUUACUUAGAUGCGUGGUAAUAAUUAUAAGUAUAUUCUUACAUUAUAAUUAUAAUAAAUGUUAUUGUGAUGACAAAUUUUCAAAUAUUA